AAAGCAAAUACAUCUUUGUUAUUAGCAAGUGGGUGUUGAUAUUUUUGGGCCUGUAAACGUUGAGUUAUGAAUUUUCUUUUCGAAAUAUCUUUUAACUUUAAUUGUAUAAUGUGUAUUAGUUCAUUACUUGAUAUCAUUAUAUGUUAAAACCAUCAAGUGUUGUUUUUGCUUACUGCGUUUGAUAUAUUGCAUAGUAGUUUACAAUUAUGACAUCAAAAUUGAGCAAGUCAUCUGAUCUCUAUGAACCAUCUCAUCGUAGGAGUAAAAAAUUUAUGAACAUUACCGUUUUUUUCUUAGAUGAUUCAAGUCAUGUCUUUCAACUGCAGGCCAAAACACUUGGUCAGUUGCUCUUUGAAAAGGUUUGUAAGCACAUUAACUUACUGGAAGUAGAUUACUUUGGUUUGGAAUGUGAGGAUGAAAAAGGGAAAAAGUACUGGUUGGAUGUCCUCAAACCAUUAUGUUCACAGCUGCAUUCAUUUUUUCCAAGUAUGUAUUUUUGUGUUAAGUUUUACACUCCAGACCCUGUACAACUAGAGGAUGAAUUCACAAGAUAUCUGUUUGGUUUGCAAAUCAAAAAGGAUUUCAUAAGUGGUGCUCUGCAAUGCAAUGAUAGCACUGCUGCAGUUUUGCUCUCUUACAUUGUUCAAGCUGAUCUUGGUGAUUUUAAUCCUGAAGUGUGCAUUGAUCAUUCCUAUUUAACAAAGUAUAAAUUUGUAGCAUAUCAAGAUGAAGAGUUAGAAAAAAAAAUUAUGGAAAACCACAGAAAGAUCAUAGGUCAAACUCCUGCUGAAGCAGAUCUCAAUCUUUUGGAAAGAGCCAGGCGUUGCGAGUUGUACAGAGUAAGAAUGACGUUUGAUAAGGACCAUGAAGGUGUUCCCCUAAAUUUAGCUGUUGUUCAUUUAGGUGUGCUAGUUUUUCAAAACUUUACCAAAAUCAAUACAUUUUCAUGGGCUAAAAUAAGAAAAUUAAGUUUUAAGAGGAAAAAAUUUCUUGUUAAGCUUCAUCCUGAAGGUUAUGGUUUCUAUAAGGAUACUGUGGAGUUUGUUUUUGAUAGCCGAAAUGAAUGUAAAAAUUUCUGGAAAAAGUGCAUUGAAAAUCACACAUUUUUUCGCUGUUCUGAUGCAAAACAAGGAAUGCGUAUGAAACCCAAAAUUUUCAGCAGAGGAUCAUCCUUCAGGUAUAGUGGACGGACACAAAAACAAGUAUCUGAAUUUGUGAGACAGAAUAAUUUCCAAAAAACACAAUUUCAAAGAUCUACUAGUUGUAGGACACCUACUUCACCAACAAAAAGUAUAAGUUCAUCCAUAGUUCCUCAGCCUUUAUUGCCGGUAACAAGUUCGUCUUGUGGUUCAAUGUCAGAUGUACCAAAGGAUGUUCUGCUUCCUCCCAAAUCCACUUCCGAGCCGACCACACCCCACACGGCCCCCGAUUUCGGAAAAAUCUCCAACGGCUCUGCCAACGUUUCAGGUGUAGUAUCUCCAGAAUCUGAUCUUGCAGGCUUCCAGAGUCCAGAAUUUUGCAUGCAGGAUACCGAUGAUAACAUUUCUCAUGACUCUUAUCACGUUCUUGAUACUAACCAAGCUGCUGCUGCUACUAACACUGAUAACCCCUCUACUAACAAAGAAAUUGAGACAGUCUCUGAUUUUAAAGAGGACGAUGGAAAUAGCGUGGGAGAAAUCAAAGACAAUUCUGCAUUGAAUCCUGUUGCCUACAAUAAUAAUCUUGAAUCCGUUAAGGCUGAUAAUAACAACACUGAGUCUAUUGAGACUUUAAAAAUCGAUUCGAAAACUAAUGAUUUAAACAUCUUAGAAUCAUCUCCCACAGACUCUCUUGAUCUUUCAUCUCAAGACAUGAAUAAUUUAAAACAGAUUCUACUGAGUCAAGAACAAGAUGGCAUUAGUUUGAGUUCCAGUGAUAAUUUAUCCUACAAUGAAAACAUUUUGUCGCAAGAGUUGAAAAAUUAUAAGAAUGUUUUAAGCGACAGUUAUUUCAGAGAAUCUUCGAAAAAUUCAAGCAAUGAAGAAACUUUGAACAACUCAAAGAAUUCUGAACACGUUUUUGGAGCAUCAACUUUUUAUGUAAGCAGCAGUCCAUAUUCUGCUGGCAGAUUAUCCAGUAAAAGGAAAGUCAUGAAUGACAGAGCGUAUUGCUUGGCUAAGGAAUUGUUAAUGACUGAAAGGACUUAUAGAAAAGAUCUCGAAGUUGUUAAUGUUACAUUUCGAGAUAACUAUUACAGUCAAAAGGAUGUAAGAUCAGAAGCUAUUGAGCAGUUUUUAUCAGUUGUUGACCCUUUACAUGAGAUGCAUUGUUUUUUGCUGAGAGAUUUGGAACAGAGACUUGCUUUCUGGGAAGGUCGUCCAGUUAAUAAAAAUCAGAAUGUUAUUAAAGGAGUGGCAAACAUUCUUUAUGCUCAAAAAGAUAUGAUCAAGAUGCAUUCAACGUAUUUAAAGAAAUUACCAAAACUUCUUGAAAUGCUGUAUGAUGAUUUGAGUCAGAAUCAAUUAUUGAACCAAUUCUAUCAACAAUUUGAAACACAAAAAGUGUGUUACUUGCCUCUGUCAUCCUUCCUUCUUCGUCCAGCUUUUCGUCUGGUUUAUUAUCACUCAUUGGUUAAAAGUUAGUAUAAAUCUAAACCGGUUU